AUGGUGCACCCGAUUGCGGAGGCCGACGAGCGGAGCCCCUUCGGGCGCCUGACGCCGGACGAGUUCUACGCGCGCCACGGCGUGACCCACUCCAGCUCCUCCUUCGUCAACCCACGGGGGCUCCGCAUCUUCACCCAGCGCUGGGUGCCCCGCGGGGACAACGCCCCCGUCCUGGGCGCCGUCGCCGUCGUGCACGGCUUCACGGGCGAGUCCAGCUGGAUGGUGCAGCUCACGGCCGUCCACCUCGCCGCCGCGGGCUUCGCGGUCGCCGCGCUCGACCACCAGGGCCACGGCUUCUCCGAGGGCCUGCAGGGCCACCUCCCCGACAUCGAGCCGGUCCUCGACGACUGCGACGCAGCCUUCGCGCCGUUCCGCGCCGACUACCCGCCCCCGCUCCCCUGCUUCCUCUACGGGGAGUCGCUGGGCGGCGCCAUCGCGCUGCUGCUCCACCUCCGGAACCGGGACCUCUGGCGGGACGGCGUGGUCCUCAACGGCGCCAUGUGCGGGAUCAGCCCCAGGUUCAAGCCGCCGUGGCCGCUCGAGCACCUGCUGGCCGCCGCCGCCAUGGUCGUCCCCACCUGGCGCGUCGCCUUCACGAGGGGGAACAUCCCCGAGCGGUCCUUCAAGGUGGACUGGAAGCGCGCGCUCGCGCUCGCCUCCCCGCGCCGCACCACGGCGCCGCCCAGGGCCGCCACGGCGCUCGAGCUCCUCCGCGUCUGCCGCGACCUGCAGCUGCGGUUCGAGGACGUGCGGCUGCCGCUCCUCGUCGUGCACGGCGCCGAGGACACCGUCUGCGACCCGGCCUGCGUCGAGGAGCUCUACAGGCGCGCCGGGAGCAGCGACAAGACGCUCCGCGUCUACCCCGGGAUGUGGCACCAGAUCAUCGGCGAGCCCGAGGAGAACGUCGAGAAGGUGUUCGACGAAAUCAUCGACUGGCUCAAGGCACGCGCCGCCACCGCCACGGCUACAGCCGCUGGCGCGCACCACGGUGAGCAGUAG